AAUUUAGUAUAUUUUUUUCAAAAUUGCGAGACCUUCAGUUCCUGUCGUCUGAGUUUGCGCGAGCAAGACGUCGAAUUCGCGGCGCCGUCUGGGUUCUAUCGUCGCCGUCGAGCUCGCUGCUUACCGUCUGAGGUUGAUUGGCUGAUUGUUGAAGGUUCUCGUGAGGUGAUUCGCCCUUACGGCCUCACCAUCUGAGGUUGCCUUCUGAGGUCGUGAGGUUUACGCCCUACCCAAUUCGCCAGGUUGAAGUUGAAGGCGUGAGUUGAUAAAACUUGAGUCACAGAGCAGUGUGAUCAUGGAAGUAGGAGGAGCAAAGGGAACGGUGACGCCGUUGGCCUCUUUAUUUCCGGCUCAGGAAGCCCACAAGGCAGCGAUGCGUGUCCAAGAUGCGAUUUCUGAGAAGCAGAGGGAGCUUGAGCGUCUCCGAGGUUUCAUUACUGAUAAUGCUAACCUGAUCAACCUCGUCCAGAAAUUACCUGAAGAGCUUCACCAUGAAGUCAUGGUUCCAUUUGGGAAGGCGGCGUUUUUCCCAGGGCGUUUGAUUCAUACUAACGAGUUUCUGGUUCUUCUUGGAGAAGGUUAUUAUGCUGAGAGAACGUCCAAACAAACAGUGGAGAUCUUGAAAAGGAGAGGUAAAGCUUUGGAUUCUCAAGUUGAUUCUCUGAAGGCCAUGAUGGAUAAUCUUAAAGCUGAGGCCUCAUUUUUUGGUGCUACAGCUGCUGAAUCUGAAGAGGGUCUAGUCGAGAUAAAGGAGGAAUAUGUGGAAGAAAACUUUAGUGAGCAGGACUCUGGAUCAGGAGUAAACAAGCAAGAUGUUCCUAGCGUUUCUGGAGUUGACAAGGCAAAGAUUGCAGAAGAGGAUGCAGAAUAUGCCCGUAUAAUGGCCAGAUUGGAUGAACUUGAGAAGGAGGAAGAACUUGCUGCCGCAAAUGGUGACCAAAGUGAUGAAGAAGAUGAGGAAGAGAAAGAAACUUCAGAUCAAUCUUUAGAGAAGUUUUAUGAUGAUAAGCAGAGCUAUUCAAAGGGAAGUACUUCUGCGUGGCUGAUGGAUGAAAAUGUAGGUAGUAAAGAACUACUGGAUAAGUAUCAACAACAACGAGAGGCUUCUACCAAUUCAUCAAAUUAUUCAGGGUUGUCGGAACAAUCUUCAUCCAAAGAAGACGUGUCAAGUGGCAAAAAUUCUUUGAGUCAGACUCAGCGAGUGAGAAAUCCUAAUCCUGCUGCAAAGUCUGUAACGUUUGCUGAAGUAAAAGAAAAGAACCAAACAUUGCCUCCAUCUACCACUGAGGCUUUCACAGGAUCCAUAAUUGAGCGCCCUCCCAUUAUACCAAAAACCUCUAAACAAGAAACAGAAACUCCAUUGCAGCCUUCUGGUUCUCAACCUUCAAAACCAGUAUCCAGAUUCAAGAUGCAAAGAAGAUAACCGGCUGCACACCACAAUAACAUACUUGGAAAAAUCUGAAAAUUUUGCCAGCAAUUGAUUUUGUUUGCUAGUUUAGAUAAAAUUUUGUUCCAGUUCUUCAUGCCUAGGUCUGGUUCUCCAACAGUAUUAACUAAAAGAGAUCAGUAUUGCCUUAGAUUGCAACAGGUAGAAAGACGUCUCUGAUUAACAUACUAAAUUUAUGGUAUGAAACAAUUGUGAAGAUUCGCUUAACAACAAAAACCUUAGUGCUUUAU